UACUCAAAUCCCCGCCGAGCCUUCGCCGCUGGGACGCGGUCGGCCUCCAAUGCAGCCCUUGAACAGGACACACGUGACCGCCACCCCGGAAAGACAGGAAGACCAGAAGACUGAUCUUGUUUUGGGAAUCCUGUGUGUCAUUUCGGGAAUCCUGUGUGUCGUUUUGGGAAUCCUGUGUGUUAUUUCGGGAAUCCUGUGUGUCGGUUCGGGAAUCCUGUGUGUGUGAGGACCUCAUGGACACACAGUCAGUCAUGAAGUCCAGUGUCCUGAUCUCUGGAUCCUGAUCCUGAUCAUUAUCUCUGUGUUCAGUACUGGGUCUGAAUCAGUGAACGGUCCAGUGAAGGUGAAGCUUCAUGACUCUGCUACUCUGUCCUGCUCUGAGAGAUGCUCUGGUUUAGCGAGAUGGACUGUGUUCCACAAACGCAGUGACACUCUGGCUGAGUGUGAUCAGACUUCAUGUAGAUCAGUGAAGGAGGGAUAUCAGAUGAUCCAUGAUCAGUACCUGAAGGGGAAUCUCUCUCUCAUCAUCACUGACGCUGAUUUCAGUAAGAGAGGCUGGUACACGUGUGACUUUGCCAGCAAGGACAUCUGUGAUGUUCAUCUACAGAUUGAGCCCUUGAACACUACAGUUGAGAUGAUGGCCAGUAAAUCUCUGAUCCUAAGGGUGGACAUAUCAAAUGCAGUGGACGUGAUUUAUAACAGCACAGGUACACCUGGACCAUCCAGUGGUCAGAUCUGUACAGUGGAUGGACCCUCACUACAGUGUAAACCUGAAUACACACAGAGAUCAUCACUCACAUCUGGUGUUGAGCUGAGAAGAAUGACUCCAUCUGACAGUGGAGUUUAUACUGUAAUGGACAGCAGGAAUAAAGAGGUCAUUCACACCUACACAGUGACCGUCCAAGAUGUACAGCAGAGCUCCAUAUGGAAGGAUGGAUAUCAGAAAGGAAACAGUGAUGGGUAUCAGAAGGGAAGUGAAGAUGGAUAUCGUAACGGAUUGGGAAUCGGAGCAGGCGUUUUUGGGAUCAUAGCUCUGGCUCUUGGUGUAAUUUUCGGAAUGUUUGCUGUGCCGCGGGUGCGUCUUCUGAGGUUGAGAAGAGAAGAUCCCUCAGAAAGAAUAGGAGACGAUCCCGCAGGUGAGCGACAAGCUGAAGAUGUGGACAGUGGUGUUGCCCUGGCCAGAGCUUGCUAGACAGAAUUCUGAAGA